GGUCCAAACAAAUUUUGCAUGAUGAAACCUUAUCGUAUUUGUGGCAGCAAGUGACCACAAAACACAAGUGGAGGAUGAUAGUCCUCGAUCAUAACAUACCUACAUUCAUAAAAUAGUUAUCUAUCUAUCUAUCUCCAUCUUCAUCACUCCCAUGGACAACGACACAAACACAACACCAACCACCACCUCAGAACCACAAAUAGCACACGAUUUUCCCGGUCUCAUCCGUGUCUUCACCGAUGGUCGCGUCCAACGCUUCACCGGAACCGACGUCGUUCCACCCUCCACCACUCCCCACAUUACAUCCAAAGACAUCACACUCCUCCACCCUCACUCCGCUACUCUCUCCGCACGCCUCUUCCUCCCAACACCACAAACCACCAGCCGCCGCAACAACAACCUCCCUCUCUUAAUCUACUUCCACGGCGGCGCCUUCUGCGCCUCCUCCCCCUUCACCGCAAACUACCACAACUACGUCGCCACAAUCGUCGCCGAAGCCAAAGUCGUCGCUGUCUCCGUUGACUACCGGCUAGCCCCGGAGCACCCUAUUCCGGCAGCGUACGAGGAUUCAUGGGCUGCACUACAGUGGGUGGCGUCACACCGUAACAAAAAUGGACAAGAGCCUUGGUUGAAUGAGCAUGCAGACUUCGGUAGGGUUUUUUUGGCUGGGGACAGUGCUGGUGCUAACAUAGUGCAUAACCUAACUAUGCUCCUUGGUGACCCUGAUUGGGACAUUGGCAUGGACAUCCUCGGAGUGUGUCUUGUCCACCCGUAUUUUUGGGGCUCAGUUCCGGUUGGAUCGGAGGAGGCAGUGGACCCGGAGAGGAAGGCAGUGGUGGACCGGCUGUGGCGGUUUGUGAGUCCGGAGAUGGCGGACAAGGAUGACCCGCGGGUUAACCCGGUGGCAGAGGGGGCACCGAGCUUGGGGUGGCUGGGGUGUAGGAGGGUGCUGGUGUGUGUGGCGGAGAAGGAUGUGCUGAGGGAUAGAGGGUGGCUUUACUAUAAUGCUUUGAGUAGGAGUGGGUGGAUGGGUGUGGUGGAAGUUGAAGAGACUCUUGGGGAGGGUCAUGCGUUUCAUCUCUAUGAUUUGGCGAGUCAUAAGGCUCAGUGUUUGAUCAAACGCUUGGCUCUUUUCUUCAACAGAGACCAGCCUCCUUCAAUUUGAUACACAUGUUUGGUCUUUCUUCUAUUCUCUCUAAAUUAUGUGGUGUGGAUCAUGCACGAUAUCAUUCAAUGAUGAUUUGUGUAAUUCGUUUUGUUUACACAAUUCGAAGAUUCAAGAUGCUCAAAAGUGACAUGUGUCAAUUAAUCAUUUCAUUAUUAGUUAAGUAGAUGACUGAUGGUGAACUAGAUAAACAAUUGUCACGUCACAAAGACAAGAAAUGGAUUAAUAUUUUGAUUUAUCCGAUAAAAGGUACUUCCAUAGUAA